CUAACCAAACUACCUAAUCCUAUCAGAGGUCUAUGAAGCACAAGUAUAAAAGCUAAAGUGAAACGUGUUGCACAAGUCGUCGAAGGAGGUUGCAAGUGAAAGUUUAGCUUCUGAGGUUCUCCCUCUACAAUCACAAUGGCAGAAGAUUGGGGAAAACCGGUAUUUGCUGCCAGGCGACACAAUGAAGAUUCAACUAGAGGAUCAGCCUUCGCUUACACAAACAGCAAUCAUACCAGAGAUCCCUUUGAGGGUCCCAACUACCACAUUGCUCCAAGAUGGGUUUACAACCUUGCAACGCUCUGGAUGUUUAUUGUGGUGGUCUUAUCAGUCUUCACCAACGGUCUCGUCUUGGUGGCCACAGCCAAGUUCAAGAAGCUCCGCCACCCUCUGAACUGGAUCUUGGUCAAUCUUGCUAUUGCUGAUCUUGGAGAGACAGUUUUUGCCAGUACCAUCAGUGUAUGCAACCAGUUUUUUGGUUACUUCAUUCUUGGACACCCAAUGUGUGUCUUUGAGGGCUACACCGUCUCAGUUUGUGGUAUUGCUGCUCUCUGGUCCCUGACUAUCAUCUCCUGGGAGAGAUGGGUAGUUGUGUGCAAACCUUUUGGAAACGUCAAGUUUGAUGAAAAAUGGGCCACGGGUGGAAUAGUAUUCUCCUGGGUCUGGUCAGCAGCAUGGUGUGCUCCCCCAAUUUUUGGAUGGAGCAGGUACUGGCCUCAUGGACUGAAGACUUCCUGUGGCCCUGAUGUAUUCAGUGGAAGUGAAGACCCUGGAGUCCAGUCCUACAUGAUUGUUCUUAUGAUCACAUGCUGUUUAAUUCCAUUGGCAGUCAUCCUCCUGUGCUACCUUGCAGUCUGGCUGGCUAUCCGUGCCGUUGCCAUGCAGCAGAAGGAAUCAGAGUCAACCCAGAAAGCUGAGAGGGAAGUAUCCAGAAUGGUCGUUGUCAUGAUUGUAGCUUAUAUAGUCUGUUGGGGACCUUACACAUUUUUCGCCUGCUUUGCCGCGGCUAAUCCUGGAUAUGCCUUCCACCCUCUGGCUGCUGCCAUGCCCGCAUACUUUGCCAAGAGCGCCACCAUCUACAACCCAGUUAUUUAUGUCUUUAUGAACCGGCAGUUCCGUUCAUGCAUCAUGCAGCUCUUUGGAAAAGAAGCAGAUGAUGGCUCUGAGGUGUCCACUUCAAAGACAGAAGUCUCCUCUGUGGCUCCUGCAUAAAGCUGUUGAUGUUCUCCCUUUUGGAAAAACAAAACUGAGAACUAUUGUGAAUUGUACAGUAAAUAUAUAUUGUUUCAUUUUCUUUUCUUUUCUUUUUUUUUUUUUUUUAGCAAAUAUAGCUUUCUGGCAAAAGAAAAAACCAAAAAAAAAAACCAACAUAUAUAUAAAUAUAUAUAUAAAGCAAAUGAAUCAUUAUAUGAAUGAUCUUUUUUCAGAUGAAAAUAAAAAGAAUAUCAAGCAUGUUGAA